CCUCACUUCACGAGUUCAGUUCUCAGCUUCCGUGCUGCAUUUCUAUUUUGUGUGUUCACACUUGAUCUCUUUUCCGGCUGUGCGUAGCAAUGGCGGGCGCGGAUAAGUGCUUUGUGUUGAAUACCGGGGCAAAGAUGCCGUCGGUGGGCUUAGGGACGUGGCAGGCUGAGCCCGGUGUCGUCGGUCAAGCCGUUGAGGCCGCUAUCAAUGUUGGAUAUCGUCACAUCGAUGGUGCCCGAGCUUAUAAGAAUGAGAAAGAGAUUGGUGAUGUUCUGAAGAAGCUGUUUGCAAAUGGCGUGGUUAAGAGGGAGGAUUUGUUCAUUACCUCCAAACUCUGGUGUAGGGAUCAUGCACCAGAAGAUGUACCAGUGGCACUAAACCAAACUCUGCAAGACUGGCAACUUGAUUACAUUGAUUUGUACCUUAUCCAUUGGCCUGUCCCGAUGAAGAAGGAUUCUGUAGGCUUUGCACCUGAAUACCUUAUUCCAGCAAAUAUACCUGCUACAUGGAAAGCAAUGGAGGCACUAUACGAUUCUGGUAAGGCCCGAGCUAUUGGGGUGAGUAAUUUCUCGACAAAGAAGCUGGGGGAUCUUUUGGAAGUUGCUCGUGUUCCUCCUGCUGUUAACCAGGUUGAAUGCCAUCCUUCAUGGCAGCAAGCCAAACUGCGAGAGUUCUGUAAAUCCAAAGGAGUUCACCUCUCUGCAUAUUCACCAUUGGGUUCUCCGGGCACUACAUAUAUCAAGAGUAAUGUACUUAAUGAGCCUGUUGUGCUUUCUGUUGCUGAGAAAUUGGGUAAGACCCCUGCCCAGGUUUGUCUUCGCUGGGGCUUGCAGAUGGGAAACAGUGUACUUCCAAAAAGUACAAAUGAAGGACGUAUCAAACAGAACUUUGACGUCUUUGACUGGUCUAUACCUGAUGACUUGAUGGCCAAGUUCUCUGAAAUUGAGCAGGCAAGGCUGAUUAGAGGCACAUCAUUUGUGAGUGACACUUACGGCUCAUACAAAAAUGUUGAAGAACUGUGGGAUGGUGAAAUCUAAGCUUAAUAAUGACAGCUGAUCGGACAUUUGCAAAUUAUCAAACAGGAAAGUAUUGUUGAUCGCCAGUCUUACUAGUUAUCAUCUCAUAAUAAGUAGUUUUUCUCCUUUCUAUUAAUGGCUAGGGCUGCAGAGCCUAAUGUAUCGAGAUUCCUCUCAAGAUAUUAUGCUUUUAAACAAUGUUUCACUUUUGCUUUGGACACUUCAUUGUUUAAUUUGGCAUAUUGCCACUUGCCAAUGCAUUUUAAA